AUGCCAUCGUUCGCAAUUCUUUGGGCUCUGCUUCUAUCUGUUCGGGGGAGACGGAGCCACGGAACAGUGGAGAAAUUUUUAUCAAGGACCACUGUGGCAGAAACGCGACAGUUUGUUGCGUCGUCCAUUUUCUCUUUCGAAAAUGUGCACACGCCGCCCCCGACCAAUCCCAGCAAUAGCAGAAGUGGUUUAGUUCGAGAAUCUUGUCGGGACAAGUUGACCGGAACAGUGAAAGAGGGAUGGUCGAUCGAAAAUUAUCAGUGCAAGCGGGAUUCCGCAUUUUUCUACAACGUGGUGAACGCUUACACGUCGGCCAAUGGACUACAAGCAGGUGCUCCAACGGAUUUGAUGCUUGAAUUUGGAUCAUUAGGUAAUUCAGUCUCGGUGGCAUACAAUCCCGAGUGUUUCGGUCUUGCAAUACCAGGCAACGGUGGCAAACUUGUCAUUAUUUUGAGCGACCAUUUUGUAUACAUGGGCAAACAGCCAACGCCCAAUGAAAUCAUCGAGCUAGGAGUUGCUCCGGGUAAUCCCAUCCUUGGCAUACCCUGCAAUGACGGCGAUGCAGAUGUUGUGUGUGGAAACUGGAAUGCCAAUUUGGUUGGAACCCACCAAAUUGAGAUCAUACCCCAAGGCGAAAACGGAUUGACAGGACGACGCGCUCUGACUAUCGGCGUCAAAUUUGCUCACAUUCACCCAAAAAUAGCUACUUCUAAAGCUAUGUAUUGCAAUGCCAUAGGUACAUGCGAUUCCAACAAAACUGCAUACUGUCUCAAUCACCAGAAUUGUCCCAAAGCUGGUAAAUGCGUGGCUAAGAAAUUGAAAGGAACGGUAACAGCCAUGGUGGUGGACUCCACGGGAACUACUAUACACGAAGCCACCCAUUCCGUUCUAUUUGUUCAGAAAGCGCCACCUUUCACCGUCCACAACACCAAUAUUGGCUUGACGUCAAACACAGAAGUGUAUGAAUCGGUGACGGGGCAGUACGUUGAACCAGGUGCGACGGCCGACGGCUACUAUCAUAAUGGCGAGUCGUUCUCUAAAGGAGGGCCAUAUGCACCACGAUUCUUGGUUUUCGGUUGGAAGAACGAGAUCUCGGGCUUUCUGCAUGCCAUAGUCGACGUGACCGGUUUUGUCAUUCGAGAUGACGCACAAAAGCAAUGGGCUGAAGCAUUCUUUGUUCAAUCAACUGAAUCUGUUUUUGAAGGGACGCUGAAUGAUGUUGGAGGUACUGUUUUCCCUCUCUCCAUCCAAGUCGGUGACGUUCCUGGAAUGUACUCAGUCCAAGUGACUAUGAAAGGUGGGUCAAGGGCAGUUUCUCAGAUUUUCGUGCCUUUGCCUCCAUCCGCAGUUCCUUCGACGGUGCCAUCUGAUUUCAUCGAGCCAAGCAACAAACCCACAUUGCUUCCAACGAAAGAAACGCGUUUGCCUACUGUGAAUCCGACCCUUGCCAAAAGUGCUUUCCCGACGCAUUCUCCAACUGCUUUACCAAUAACAACAUCUCGACCGAACGUACGUCCAACCGAAAGUCCUACGAGUACUUGGAUCACGCCGUCAUCGCCUUCGCCACUUUUGUCCUUGCUCAGCUCUCGGCCUAUGGCUUCAACGACAGUUCCGACCAUGAUUCCACUGAGUCGUCCUGAGAGCUUUCAAGCAGGUUCACCUUUCCAACAAGCUAGCCCUGCCCCUAUUCCUGCUCCAACGACAAUAAGCGGGGCUCCGUCGGUGUCGCCUUCCUCGUGGCCUAAUGUUGAAUCGUCGGACAGUCCUAGCGAAAAAUAUUCCUUGAGCUCUACUUCCAGGCCAUUUGUGGAACCACCUGAGCAACCAACCGUUACCCCACAUGGUAUACCAACAACUUCACCAAUCGAAGUGCCAACACAAAAUCCAACAAGACCGACUUUGUCAAGUCUCGCUUCUUCUAGAAACCCGACACGAGAUCCAACCAUAGGUCCUACACACAACCCGACUUAUGGGCCGACCUCGACUCCAACAACAAACCCAUCUAUAUCGCCGACUGCCAGUCCGACGGCACCUCCCAUACCGCCCCCUACGGAGCAUCCAACUUAUUUGCCAACAGCUAAUCCAACUGGUGAUCCAACGAGCACACGAAUCAACUUUCCCAUUGACAACUGGACGGAUUCUCCUGCUAUUGUUCCCACCACUUUGCCUACAACGUUCUUGCACAGCAAAGCUCAAGUUUCGAAAGUAAACAAGUCACGGCCCAAACCAAUUAUCAAUGGUGGAAUUCUGACUGGAGGCCUAGCGUUGAUUGCGGUAGUGGUCACAAUGAUUUCGUUGAUGUCGGAAGCGGCCCGUCAGUUGCUCUUCGGGCGGCCAAAGGAUCCGCUUCUCGUUCAGAGUCGCAAGGGCCAUGAUUCACCCGGUGGAAGGUCGAUCGCUGAGAAACCAAAUGAGCGAAAGCUUAUUGACAGUGAAGCGUGCCGCGUGGACGGGUAGACUGCCUCACAUACAGGGAAUCAAUCGUUGUGAGUUCAUCACAGUCA